UCUCUGUCUSCCUCUGUAAACUCCGCUGCCAGUCAAAACAAAACAUUGCGUCUCUGCAGGACUUGCCAAGGCCUGGAGAACGGAGGAAAUUUGCUUGGGGAAGGAAUGCGAAGAAGGUUUUAGAAAUUGGUUCCUUCACCAGGACUGUGAGGAGGUGCGACRUUUUUUUCUCUGCUACGUGGUGAUCCGCGUUUUAUUCCUCUCAAAGGUGUUCACCUCCCGACCCACCGCCCACCACGGCCCUCACCUGUGUGUUACGGUGCUUCCCCUGUGAGCCGACCUGGGCUGGCAGUCCCUUCUUGCACCGCCCGCCAACACCGCCCAUGGUCAGGAUGACGCGYUCCAAGACCUUCCAGGCGUACCUGCCGAGCUGCCACCGGACCUACAGCUGCAUCCACUGCCGGGCUCACCUGGCCAACCAUGACGAGCUCAUCAGCAAGUCAUUCCAGGGCAGCCAGGGCAGAGCUUACCUCUUCAACUCAGUGGUGAACGUUGGGUGUGGCCCUGCGGAGGAGAGGGUUCUGCUGACGGGCCUGCACGCUGUGGCGGAUAUCUACUGUGAGAACUGCAAGACGACUCUGGGCUGGAAAUACGAACACGCCUUUGAGAGCAGUCAGAAGUAUAAAGAGGGCAAGUUCAUCAUCGAGCUGGCCCACAUGAUCAAGGACAAUGGCUGGGACUGAGGGAGCCGAGGGACAACCGCACUGAAGGACGGGAAGAGGCGGAGGGGCUCGGGCGGCGAUGUGUGUAUGUGUGUGUGUGUGUGUGUGUGGGUGAGUGUGUGACUUUGGUUUGGCUGAUUUACCAUUAACCUCUGUAACUUACUGCCCAUCCCUUCCUACCACACCUCUCAGUGUUCACACAUGCACAUGGUAAGCUCCCAGACUUCCCAGUUUGACGGAGAGAGAGAGAGAGAGAGAGAGAGAGAGACGACGGCAGGCUUGUUUGCAGCUAGCAGGACUAGGUGACUGGCCGGCAGGAGACAGGACGUCUCAUCAUUACAGUUUUGUUUUUAUAAAACAUUAGCGACCUGACAUCAGCUUUACAAAGUGUUCCCUGAGAUCCUGUGUGAUUUUUACUCCAACUUGUCUCGUUGAUAUUAACUUAUUUGGCUCAGAGGGGCGGGUUCCUUUUGGCCUCGGCGCUGACGGGCAUUCGCUCUGUCCCCCGGCAUGAAUGAGAUGGCCUAAGAUGAUUAUAGCAAAAUCCGACUGAUUGGAACCCUGCCAGCUGGGCCGGCGAUGAGGCCCUCGGCGGCGAGGCUUGGCGGCGAGGCCUGAGCGCAUGUGCGCGGGGYUGCAGUGGGGCUGGAUGCAGGGAUUGCCGGGUUGCUCACUCCAAACAGUGGGGAGGGCGCGGGGUGGGGGGGAUGAUCCCGAUCCUGCUAUGUUGUUGCUUUGAUGGCUUCUGGCUUGGAUCUGUUCCACGCCUUGGUAGUGAUGCAGUUCAGGAYGAUUAGGGCGGAGUGAAGGGGGAAAAAAACAGAUGGACCGCCACCAGCUUGUCCUGAAACACAACAAGAAUUUGCCCUCGUGUCUGUGAGGGAGAUCCCCUUGGGUUUUAUUCUUCUGGCAAAACUCGAGUUGUGUAAAGAGAUACCACACACACACACACACCUCAUGCACGUCUCAUGUUAGCAGAUCCAGCCUGGUCACACAGACAUAUAGAUUUACGUAACAUAAGCAUGUCUCAGGACAACCAAUAUGUCUGCCACAGAGUUGUGAACACUGUGAGCGUCUCUGCAGGGCAAACAGCAAAAAGUGGCGAAGCUCUGCAGGGUUUGUCACAUGAGUGACGAGACGAAACAUUCAGAAAACCUUUAACAAACUGGACGUGUGUUUGUUACAUUACUGACAUAAACACGAGGCAACACUUGACUCACUGUGGCAGGCCAUUUGAACAUAAAAUCAAACUCAUCACACACAUUACAGAUAUCUGAAAUUGGUUUAUGACAAGACAUAUUAGUAAAUUAAGAUAUCAAAUUUUGUUUUGACUAGUACAAAUUAUGUCAGAUUUACCUUUAAGUUGUUUGGAGGCUUUCAUUCAAGAUGCAUCUUAAAGGAAUUUUGACUAAAAUACUGUUCUAGAUAUCUCGGUUAAUUUUUCAGAGUCAUCACUUUUAGUUCUGACUCGCCCCAAUUCCAAUUAAAGAGAUCUUAAAUGACAUCAUUAUUAAAGAUUUCUUAAAGGUAUUUGUAGAUAUCAGAUAUAUUAAUUGGACUAGUGCAAAUUAAGUUGCCGAUAUCUUGAAAGCAAAUAAUGACUCAGCAAAACUAAAAGUAUCUAGAAUAGAAUAGAAUAGAAAAGAAUAGAAUAAAAUAGAAUAGAAUAGAAACUGUCUUUAUUGUCCCGCAUGGGGAAAUUCAGGUGUAGUAGCAGCAGCAGAUGCAUACAUCAAUCUACAGAAACAGAAUAUUGCUAUGUGACAUUAUCCACUGUAGCAAUGAUAAAUAAUUAAAAUUAAGGAUAGUAACAAUAAAAAUAAACAUAGAUCAAAAUAAAAAUAAUCGUUACUGUAAUGGGAUAUCAAGAUGAAAUUGGAUAAAAAUGAAAAAUAAGGCAAGAUACUGUGCAGAAGUGGUGAUGGUUGUAGAGUCUAACAGCUGAUGGUAGGAAUGAUCUGCGGUAACGUUCUUUUGUUCAUUUAGGAUGCAGCAGACUGUCACUGAAGGAGCUCUGGAAUUAUUCAAGAUAUCUCUGAGUUAGACACUUCUUGAGUUAUUUUUUCAUCUAGUCAGCUUUUCUAUUCAAGAUGUCUUGAAUAUUUAUUUUGACAGGUCAAAAUGUCACAGAUUUACGUAACAUUUUGGUUAAGUUUUGGAAAGUUUCUAAGACAUCUUAGCCUUAAUGAACCACUAGCCGUACCUUAAUUUGCCAUUCAGUGGUCUGCAAUGUCAGGUCAGUCCAGCUCUAAUUCUGGGGUUUUUAACAUGAUUUUUAGCUGCAGCUCAACAUGAAUUAAGACUCAAGAAUAMAUUUGCAAAAUUCUGCAGGCAGCUGUUUGGACAGCUAAGUGGCAGCGGUGGGGCUUACGCACAAUUUCUUAAUUCAGAUAUCUCAAAAUGUAAUAUUGAAUAGUCGUAAUUAUGUUUGUGAUAUCUUAAAUUGUAGAUAUGGAUGAAAUGAAUGAUGAAUCAGGUGAUGUCAUUUCAGAUUUCUUGAAUUAMCAUUCAGGAUAAUCAAAAUGUUGUUGUUCCUAGUCAAAACUCAUUUUUAGACAUCUAGAAUGUAAUCAGAGAUAAGACAAAGUUGAUUUUGUGUYAAAAUGGCCUGCCAUAGUCUCACCUCCAUAUUCAACCACACYAAGUUUUCUGACUUUGCUAAACGUGCAUUUGGAGACUUACCGUAMGUGGAUAAUAUUUGUGUUCUCUUCCCUAGAACCCAUUGCUCAGAUACAUCGUUGCUAACUUUUCUUUGCUAAGGCCAGGAUCCGACUGCUAAAUGUGUUGAUGAUUGUUUUUAAAUGAGCAAAUGUCACAGUUGGCUGCAUCCAAAGCAACUGUUACAUUAACAUGCAUGAUAUAAAACUGACUAGUUUCGUGCCAUGUCCUCGUCACAGUUCUUGUGAAAAGAACAUUGUGUGUUGCAGUGAAAUUUCUAAGUGCUGUAAUACAAAAUCUAAUCAGUUUCAUUUCAUCCAUUUGAAUUGUGAAACCAACUCACGGCGCAGUGAAGUGAGCAAAUUAAAAAAUGUGAUCCUGGUUUAGAAAAGUAAAAAUUAGUUGCUCUGUCUGCAAACGGUACUCGAUAAGCUACCCGGUGACCACCCCCCCCACCCGCACCGCCCCACUUACCCGCUCCAGUUACAAACCAAACCCUUAAAAACCGUUAACUCUUCUGUGACUCGCAGGAACUGAUCGCUCAGUUGAUCCAGCACAACCAAAGAACCCCACCCGUCAACAAGGAACUGACCAAACAAAAGUUUUAGUUUUGCUUGGGCAAAAAGUGUUGCGAGAACAAGAGGGUGUGUGAAUAGUUGAAAGCCAAGUUUGUGGAUAGCCUUUUCUCUGACACAACAUGAUUUUUGUAAAAAAGAUCUUAAUAUAUGCUUUUAUUCUAUUUACUCCGUUCAUCAUGAGGGUUACCGUUCAUGUCGGCUUCUGUGUCACAGCUUGUAAAUAGUGUUUAAAGUAUUGUGUUUUAUCUCUGAUCCAUGUGGUGAUAAAUGAGUAUAAUUUAGUUCAGGUCAUGCUUUCUCUCUGGUACCCCUGCAUUGGCUGUACAAUACUACUUUUUUACUGAAAAUGUUUCAAUUUUAAUGUCUUUUGUAAAAGAGGAAGCUGAUGUUGACUAUAUCAUUGGAUCUUCAUCUAAUAAAAAUGCACCUUAAUAUCUGGA